GUCCCCACGCCCAUGAUGCCCCUUUCUCUCACCACGGCCGUUGUGCCUCCCAAUCAACCCGGUGUUCCUCAGCGCCCUAUCGACAAUGAUAGCUUCUUGCGCGUGCGCGACUCGGCCAUUGCCCGUCUGACUACCAUUCUGGAUCUUGUCCGCACCUUCACUACCGACUAUGUUCGUCAGACCAACAUGCUCCUGGGUGAGCCCACUCCUGAGGGUGUCCAGGGCGACAUCCUCGCCAACUUUGAGCACGCCGCUGCUCACCUUAUCAUGCCCGUUCAGGAGAUGGCUCCUCCCGUUGAGGAGAAGAAGGAGCGCAAGAAGCGCACUAUUGACCCCAACGCCCCCAAGCGCCCCCUGACCCCCUACUUCCUCUACAUGCAGCACGCCCGCUCCAUUAUUGCGAAUGACCUCGGUUCCGAGGCUCCCAAGGGUGCUGUGCAAGAAGAGGGCCAACGACGAUGGGCCCACAUGGGUCCUCAUGAGAAGCAGGGCUGGAACAACGCCUACCAGUACAACCUCCGUUUGUACAAUGCCCGCGUGCACUCCUACAAGAACGGCAACCCCCAUGCCAAGACCAUGACCGAUGAGGAGGCAUUGAAGUACGCCGAGGACUACCAGAUCCCCAUGCCUGAACUCAAGGACGUUACUCAGACCGAGGCUCCCGCCAACGAUCAGGACGCCAUCGCUGAGCAGCUCCAGCAGGUCGCUGCCGCGCCUGAUGAUGAGGAGACUCCCGCCAAGACCCCCAAGAAGGCUGCCGGUACCCGUAAGCGCAAGACUGCGACUCCUGCUGCUGAGGUUGAUGCCAAGCCCGCUCCCCCAGCCAGCCCUGACAAGAAGCGUCGGCGCACAUCCACCAAGGCCGCUGCUGCUGUCGCUGAGACCCCCGAGGAGCCCAAGAAGUCGGGACGCAAGAAGGCUAAGAGCUCUUAA